UACUUUCUAUAGAAGAUGACGGCAUAGAGUCGGAAUGAGGCAUGUACUCAUCAUGCGAGUCUGACGGUGUACUUUAAAUGUACGGCUCAUACUACUAAACGCACACAGAGAGAAAGAGAAAGAUGGGUCCUACUGAUGGUUUCUUGAAAAGGACGGGAGUUCGCACUCAGCUGUCGUUUGCCGCUUUUGGUUGUUCUAGUUUUUAUACUUGUAACUGACAACGCGUAGAGACUUGUUUGAUGUUUCCACGUAUUUUGUUUUGUAGAAACAUAAUAGAGCGCAGCUAUAUUUGGGCACUAUAUAAUUAUCUUGAAUUGAAAUCUCAACUGGAUCGUCGUUUUGACCUUUAUUAUUAGUUCAUUUAAAUAAAACUGUACAGAUUUGCUACUUUUUGACUACUGAAUAUUGGAGAUACAAUAUGAAAUUCAAUGGGUACUUGAGGCUACGUAUCGGGGAGUCGGUGGGUUUGAAACCAACAAUUUCUUCAACUCGUCACACCUUACAAAGGAAAGUCCAUCUGGAUCCUUACAUAGUUGUGAAAGUAGACAGUGUGAAAGUUGGACAGACUGCUACACAUUCGAAGACAAACAAACCGAACUUCAAUGAGGAAUUCUGCCCAUACAUAUCCAAUGGGAAAGAGCUGGAAGUGGCUGUUUUCCACAGCACCCCAAUAGGAUAUGAUGAUUUUGUGGCCAAUUACAGAAUCCAGCUUGACGAGUUAAUAAAGUCAUCAAAUACAAGACAAACAUUUGAGGGAUGGGUGAAUCUGGAACCAGAGGGAAGUGUGUAUAUCUUCAUCUCUCUCACCGGCUCCUUUACAGAUGAUGAAGCUGUAGAAAAUCGAUUGAGGAGCCAUAAACGGUUUACUAGAAAGCGGCAAAAAGCUUUGAAAAGAAGAAAGGUCCACCAAGUCAAUGGACAUAAGUUUAUGGCAACCUUCCUUCCCCAGCCUACUUUUUGCUGUCAUUGCAAAAACUUCAUCUGGGGUGUAUUUGGAAAGCAAGGAUAUCAAUGUCAAGUGUGCACAUGUGUGGUCCAUAAGAAGUGCCAUGAUUUGGUUGUAACUGAGUGUCCACGUAUGAAGAAAACUACAAAUGAGAGUACAAGCCAGGGCUUCAGCAUUAACAUACCCCACCAGUUCCGAGAGCACAACUACAGAGUUCCCACAUACUGUAACCACUGCGGAUCUCUGCUGUAUGGACUUGUGAGACAGGGUCUCCAAUGCAAGAGUUGCAAGAUGAACAUUCACAAACGUUGUGAACAGAAUGUUGCACCAAACUGUGGGGUGAACAGUGCAGAGCUGGCCAGCAAAUUGGCUGAGAUUGGUUUGCAAGCAGGCAGGCUCUCCAAACGAAAGUCUCAGAUGCACAUUACCGAACCAAAUCAUCGAGACUCUAGUAAAAAGAUACCAACAAUGCUUGAGGAGGCUGAGGAAGAGACUGUUAAAGUGGGUCUGAAGGACUUCAGUUUCUUGCAGGUGCUGGGGAAAGGCAGCUUUGGCAAGGUGAUGCUGGCCCGUCUAAAAAGUGACCACAGGGUGUUUGCUGUGAAAAUGCUGAAAAAGGAUGUCAUACUGCAGGACGAUGAUGUCGAGUCAACCAUGAUUGAAAAGAGAGUGCUGACUUUGGCCCACCAGAACCCAUUCCUCACACAGCUCUUCUACUGCUUUCAGACUGCCGAGCGGUUAUACUUUGUCAUGGAGUUUGUAAAUGGUGGUGACCUCAUGUUCCAUAUUCAGAAGGUCAGGCGUUUUGAAGAGCCACGAGCACAGUUUUAUGCUGCAGAAAUCACUUCGGCCCUUAUGUUUCUUCACUCCCAAGGCAUCAUUUACAGGGACCUGAAGCUGGACAAUGUGCUUUUGGACAGAGAUGGCCACUGCAAACUGGCAGAUUUUGGCAUGUGCAAAGAGGACAUUUUUGAUGGGAAACUGACUAGCACAUUCUGUGGUACUCCAGAUUACAUUGCACCAGAGAUCCUCCUGGAGGAGCCAUAUGGCGUAUCAGUGGACUGGUGGGCUUUUGGCGUGCUGCUGUAUGAGAUGCUAUCAGGUCAUGCUCCAUUUGAAGCAGAGACAGAGGACGAGCUCUUUGAGUGUAUCCUCAGAGAUGAGGUCAUCUGUUCAUCUUGGCUCAGUAAUGAGGCAGAGGAUAUCCUUAAAGGGUUCUUGACCAGAGAUCCGGCAUGCCGGUUGGGCUGCAUGCAAAGAGAUGGAGGAGAAAAGGCCAUUACUGCGCACGUGUUUUUUGCAGGACUGGACUGGGAUAAGCUGAACAAACGAGAGAUCAAGCCACCUUUCACACCUCGAAUAGAAUCUAUUGAGGAUGUGAGCAAUUUUGACCCAGAUUUCACCCAAGAGGAACCCACUCUUACACCCAUAGAAGAUGGACUUUUCCCUUUCAACCAGGACGAUUUUAAAGACUUCACCUACACAGCUCCAGAGCUGCGAUGAAGUUAAUAGACAGCCACCAUGGCUCAGUUAUUUAGCUUGCACAGAUGAUAUUCUUAGUUUCUUUCCCUAAUAAAUUGUAAUUCACUUUUUUAGGCUUUUCUCUAAAUAUACAGUUUUAAAUGACUGCUUUUUGGGCACAAAUGUACCAAGUUCCUAACAGUUUAUUAAUACAUACUCUGGAAUAGACUUCCCCAGGACUAUUCAGACCAAAGCAAAGAAAGGGAGAAUAUAAUGUAUUCUAAGAAGAACUGAGGCUUUUUCCAAGUGUGCUUUUUAAUUUAUGUUUGUGUUGGAGUGUUUUCAUUAGCAAAUUGCUUAUCUUGUGAAGUUUUUACAGGUAAAUCUGUGCAGUGUUCAUUUUGUAUUUAGUGCUGGCAUGCAGUUGCAAAGUGCUUUGUUUUGCAGCUUUUUAGUGAGCAUGUGAAUGAAUGCACCACAAGUACCUGAAAGUGAAUGACCUGUAUCAAAAUGUAUUAAAUUGUUAAGUUAUGAGAUGUGACAUAUUGCUAACUAAAGUCUGAGUUAUAAACUGUCGAAAAGAGACAUUUUUCUUACGCAUCUUGUACAGGAGAAUCCUUUUGUAAAGGAUUGUAAAGGUAAUUCUCUAAAACUCAUGUGACAGCACUGCAAGAAAACAUAUCAUCUGUCUAGUUUACUGAAUAAUGUAUCAGGGGAGCUUAACCUGUGGCAAGAGACUACAGCAUGAAAUUCUCAUGAGAAAAAAAAAACAUAAUUCUCACAUCAAAUUAACAGCAGAGCUGUGGUCAUGGCACAUUUCUCCGUGGACACGCAAUUCCUCCCAUGAAUGAUUAAUUGCCCUCUAUUCAUUUGUGGUUCUCACAAUCUCAAACUAUAUUUGAAGGAGCCCUUAUACCAAAGCAAUACAAGUGGUCGUCUAAAGACGAUGGAAAGUAAUCCAUAAUUAACAUGCAAUUUUUAACCUUACAAAGCUCAUGCCUGCACUGUCAACCUAUAGCCAUAUUAGUAAGUGACCAUAAAGCUUAGACAAAGCACGACUUGACUAAAAGCCAGUGUUCACAGGAGACUCUUCACUGUCGCUCCCUGUUUCUUUUUGGCUUUUGUUUAUGCUGUAUUUGAAUUUCGGGAGAUUUGAUUGUAGUUCAUCAGUAUAUUUUUUCUAUCCAAGCCUUCUAUUGUUUAAAGAAUGACGUUGUGAUAAUAUUACCCAACAGGGAUUUUUACGCACUUGCCCCAAACCAGUUGUAACUGGAAACACAGUAAGGCUGAAUUGUGACACAUGUUUUUGGAAUCAGGAUAAACAUAUCUGCACUCUUGAGAAAGUGUAGAAAGUGUACUAGUUACAGUAAAUACUUAAAAAGAUAUUUUAGCCAAUUUUUAAGAGUUAA